UCUUUGUGUAUAUAUAUACAAGUGGCUUAAUUAGUUUCUCCACUUCCAUAUAUAUAACUCACUCACUCUCUAGCUCCACUCUGCCACACACUGACACACAACCCUUCUUCCUACUACAGUCCUACACCUCAAAAGAACAUGAACAUUUCAAGAAAAACCAAGUUUAAACUAAUAAUACCAAUUUUAAUUCUUACCACGUUCUUACUAAUACUUAAACCUACCUUCAAAACCUCUCAGAAACCUCACAUUCAUCUUCAUGUUCAAAACCAUCUUCAACUUGCACAAUCCCAUUGUGAUGGCACCCUUUACCCCGACCUUUGCAUCGCCACACUCUCCACCAUUCCUCACCUUCAUAAGAAGUCGUUAACAGAGAUCCUCCGCUACACUAUUAGUGUUACCGAGGCGAUAGUCCGUACGUCCACCGCCAAUGUAUCGGGCCUCGAAUCCGGCAACCGACACUCAUUGAGUCGGUUACAGCACAAUGCAGUGAAGGACUGCCUCGAGCUCCUAGGUGACACGACGGACCAGCUCGAGACAGUCCUUGACGAAACAGCAAACCAGUGUGGCCCGACCCGUAAUAUGACCAAUUGUCUCACCUUUUUGAGCGCGGCCAUGACAAACCAGUACACCUGCCUGGACGGGUUUGCCAUAGGGUCGAACAGGACCAUACGACAACUCAUCCAAACAGGCAUUUACAACAUCUCACACCACGUCAGCAACUCCCUCGUCAUGCUGAAGAAGAUCCGUGGGCCCCGCCACUGCAAACAUAAGCAUAAGACAAUGUCGUUACCUUACGAUGAUCUCGACGAUGUUAACGGACUCGAUCGGGCUGGGUUUCCGGGCUGGAUGAAGAAGAAGAACCGACGGCUGUUGCAGACAGCUACUCCACCUGGGAACGGAACGACUACCCGUGUGAACUUAGUGGUGGCAAAGGACGGUUCUGGUAAUUUCAAGACAAUUGGGGAGGCGGUGGCGGCGGCUCCGAAUAAGAGUGCCACACAGUUCGUGAUAUACAUAAAGGCCGGAGCUUAUUUUGAAAAUGUGGAGGUUGACAAGAAAAAGACAAAUAUAAUGUUCUUAGGAGAUGGAAUUGGGAAGACGCUCAUCAAGGCAAAGAAUAACGUUGUUGAUGGAUACACAACUUUUAGGUCUGCUACUCUUGCUGUAGUUGGAGCUGGCUUCAUAGCGAAAGGCAUAACAGUAGAAAACUACGCAGGAGCAGCAAAACACCAAGCAGUUGCUCUAAGAAGUGGAUCAGAUCUCUCUGCAUUCUACCAAUGCAGCUUUAUAGGCUAUCAAGACACCUUAUACGCUCAUUCGCUACGACAAUUCUACAGGGAGUGCGACAUUUAUGGGACGGUAGACUUUAUAUUUGGUAACGCGGCUGUUGUGUUCCAAAACUGCAACUUAUAUGCUCGAGAGCCACUUUCGAACCAAAAGAACAUCUACACUGCUCAAGGCCGAGAAGACCCAAACCAAAACACUGGAACUUCCAUCUUAAACUGUAAAGUGGCGGCAGCAGCUGAUUUGGCAGCUAAUAAGACUGCUUACAGAACAUUCCUAGGACGGCCUUGGAAGGAAUAUUCUAGAACGGUCUUCAUGCUGUCGAAUAUGGAGGAUGUUGUUGAUCCUGCUGGUUGGUUGGAGUGGGAAGGUGAUUUUGCAUUAAGCACACUCUAUUACGGUGAAUACAAUAAUAGAGGACCUGGGGCGAAUACUAGUGGAAGGGUUACAUGGCCAGGUUAUAGAGUCAUCAAUACAACUGAUGCAAGCACCUUUACAGUGGGAAAUUUCAUCUUAGGUGGUGAAUGGCUUACUCCUUCUGGUAUUCCCUACUAUCUCAAUUUGACUAGUAAUUGAUCGACAUUCAAAUUUGGGGUUUUGGUCUUUUGCCAAAUCGAAACAGUGUCAUUAUUUGAGCCAUUUGUGCUUGAUUUCAAUUACCAUAUAAGAAAGGUUCUGCUCAUGAGUUUUCACUUCA